CCGCGGGCAGCUCCGAACCUAAACUGACUCCGCGCUCAUUGCCGGCACGGAGGGAGGCUUUUUCACGGCAUCGUCUGUGUUGAGGAAAGGAGGGAGGAAGGGGGAGGGUUAACGAUAAAGAACUAAGUCUUGUCUGCGAAGGAGAUCCCUUUUGCGCUUUCCAGAUGACCUUUUCUGAAAAUGUAGCCUCUCCGGCUGACCGGCUUUGAUUUGACUACCGAGUGUGUGAAACUGAUCCCGAGGUCCUGCACAAGCCGUAGGAUGUGUCCUUCCGGGAUUAGCAAUAUGGGGCAGCUGCUGUCGCCUCUGCUCCUGAGCCUGGCAGCAGUUUUUUCCAAAGUGGCUGAGAGCCGUGGGAUCCUGGAGAGCAUUCAGAGGUUCUCUUUGCUGCCCACGUACCUGCCCGUGACCUAUCGCAUCCACAACGCCGACGUUUCCUUCUUCCUCAAGGAGGCCAACCAGGACAUCAUGAGGAACUCCAGCCUGCAGUCCCGGGUGGAGUCCUUCCUCAUCUACAAAGCCAAGACCCCCCCGGUGCUGAACGCCAGCUACGGCCCCUUCUCCGUGGAGCAGCCGGUGCCGCAGGACCUGAUGCUGCCCUCCAACCCCUUCGGCUCCACCAGCCAAUUCACCUACAACUGGAAGCUGCAGGCCUCCAUCCUGAGCAGCAAGAUCUACCUGAGCAAGCCGCGGGUGCAGGUGCUGUUCCACGUGGCGGGCAGGGACUGGGACGAGCGCGGCCCCGCGGAGCGGCUGCCCUGCCUGCGCGUCUUCGCCUUCCGCGAGACGCGCCAGGUGCGCGGCAGCUGCCGCCUGCGGGGGGACCUGGGGCUCUGCGUGGCGCAGCUGGAGCUGCUGCCCGCCUGGUUCAGCCCCCCCAGCGCGCCCACGGGCCGCAGGAAGCAGCUGGAGCAGCUGCAGGGCAGCCCCGUGGAGCUCUACUACUCCGUCCAGGCCGGGGAUGGCAGAGGGGAGUGCGCCAAGGAGGAGCUCAGGAGGAAUAACGGGGCGCGCUCGGGGCGCGGCGACGUCGAUGAGUCGGGACCCCCCCUGCAGAGGAUUGGGAGUGUUUUCCUCUACCAGACACACGCUGCCCCCUCUUUCACUGAGAUGAGGUUGGAUCAUAACAUUGUCAUCCAGUAUGCACCAAAGGCCGCCAAGCAAGGGGACAUUGUGACUUUCCUUGUCUCUGUUGCUAAAAACUCGACGGAAGAUCAGUUCACGCUGAGGGCCAAGGUGAAGAGAGGUGUGAGCGUUUCCAGCGUGAGAGCCAGCAGCCCCCACCUGUGGGACAUCAGGGAGAGCCUGGAUCACUCUGGGAAAUCUGCCCCAGCUGUGGUGCUGUGCCAGAGGAAACCUGCUGCUGACAACAGUGUGGAGGGUCCCUCUGAAAUCAUGCAGAUUGAUUUUGAAAUUGAAGACCUGAGUGACCUGCCUGAGACCCAGCUCAUCACCUGGCAGGUGGAAUAUCCUGGGGACACCACAUCUGAUCUGGGAAUCUCCAAGAUCUACGUCAGCCAGAAGGACCUGGUAGGAGUUCUCCCUUUGGCUAUGGAAGCAGAGAUCCUGAACACAGCUAUUCUCACUGGGAAAACAGUGGCUGUGCCUGUCAGGGUGGUUUCUGUGGAAGAUGAUGGGACUGUGACAGAUCUGGUGGAGUCUGUGGAAUGCAGCUCAUCAGAUGAAGAUGUCAUUAAGGUUUCUGACAGAUGUGACUAUGUCUUUGUCAACGGGAAGGAAAUGAAAGGCAAAGUGAAUGUCAUAGUUAAUUUUACUUACCAGCAUCUGAGUGCUCCUUUAGAAAUGACAGUCUGGAUUCCUCGUCUCCCGCUGCAGAUAGAGGUCUCUGACACAGAACUAAAUCAGAUCAAGGGGUGGAGAGUCCCCAUCAUCUCUAAUAAGAGGUCAGCAGACAUUUAUUCAAUAGGCUCCUGCACUGGACUUAUACUGUCCCCCCUUUCAGAUGCCAUCUUGGCUGAGAAGACAGUGACAGUCCUGGACGAGAAGGUGACAAUAACUGACCUGGGAGUGCAGCUGGUGACAGGACUGUCCCUGUCCCUGCAGCUCAGCCCGGGGAGCAACAGGGCCAUCUUUGCCACGGCAGUGGCCCAGGAGCUGCUGCAGUCCCCCAAGCAGGAAGCAGCCAUCAGCUGCUGGAUCCAGUUCAGCGAUGGAUCUGUCAUGCCCCUGGAUAUCUAUGACUCCAAAGACUUCUCCCUGUCAGCCACCUCUCUGGAUGAGAAGGUGGUCUCCAUCCAGCACGACCCCAGGUUCAAGUGGCCAGUGAUCGCAGCGGAGACCGAGGGCCAGGGCGCCCUGGUGAGGGUGGAGAUGGUGAUCAGCGAGUCGUGCCAGAAGUCCAAAAGGAAGAGCGUCCUGGCUGUCGGGAGCGGCAGCAUUAAAGUCAAGUUUGGGCAGAGCGACGCCAACACCAGUGACAGCAAGCACAGGGGUGCUGGAGUCCACCUGGAAAACCAGAAAUACCCCUGGCAGGAGAGAGGGGGAGGGGAUGGGCAGUACUACAGCUCCUCCGUGGGCCACGAGCAGGGCAGGGCCACCACCACCCACAGGGCCGUGCUGAGCAGGAAGGAGGACAGGGACAGCCUGCUGGAUGAUGACAGCCAGAACCUGCCCCCGGACUUCACCAGCUUCCCCGCGCAGGUGGAUCUGCCCAGGGACAGCGGGGACGCGGGGGACAGCGAGCUGGUGCAGUCCCCCCGGGGCCUCAGCGACCUGGAGAUCGGCAUGUACGCCCUGCUGGGCGUCUUCUGCCUGGCCAUCCUGGUGUUCCUGAUCAACUGCGCCACCUUCGCGCUCAGGUACCGCCACAAGCAGGUGCCCUUCGAGGAGCAGGAGGGCAUGAGCCACUCGCACGACUGGGUGGGGCUGAGCAACAGGACAGAGCUGCUGGAGAACCACCUCAACUUCUCGGCCCAGCAGGAGGAGCAGAUCACAGCCAUCGACAGGGGGGUGGACUACGAGGAGAGCAAGUACCUCCUCAGCACGGCUGCCACCAACAGCACCAAUGGACAGUCCUUCAGGUCUGCCGAGCCCUCGUGCAGCGAGGGGAAGGAGCAGAAAAGUGAACCGACCGCCUCUCCGACCUCCAAGAGGAAACGGGUUAAAUUCACCACCUUCACCACCAUCUCCUCCGACCAGGGCUGUCCCACUGUCAACUCCAUCCUGAUGAGCAAUGAGGAUGACAUCAAAUGGGUCUGCCAGGAUAUGGACCUGGGGGAGUGCAAAGAACUUAAAAACUACAUGGAGAGAUUACACGAAAAUGCGUAACGAGACACAAAAGACCUUUUUGGUUUGGUUUGUUUUUCACUCACCUUCUGCCUUUAAUUUUGGGUAGUGGGGCAAAACCUUGUAUUCUGACAAGAAUCAGCUGGUGGAUAAUCACUCAAUGGAGCCCCAAGAAGCCACCCAAAAGCAGCUGGGAGAGCAGAGAUCCAGGACAGCUCUUAAAAUUCAAGUCUUCUCUGUGCUCAGAGAUGGAAGUGAGAGAUGUGUGUGGUUUUUUGAUACACGGUAACAUGGGAAAAAAAAAAAAACAACUUAGAAAAAUAAUAUGGUCUCACUCACUGUGCUUUCCCAGGAAAUCAAUAAAUAUAACAAACUCCAGUGCAGUUUGGAUAUUACAAAGCUCACACAACUCUACUGUUCAAUAUUGCAAGCUUUGGUUAAAAGCAAAAGAUUGGUCUCAGAAUAAAUAGAUCCAUGGAAAGAGCAUGUCGUUGGAGGCACGUGCAGAGAAUAUCCAGCCAGGAACAUUAAUUUAAAGCUGACAAAACCCAACAGUGUGAAGGCAGCAGCUCCCAGAGCUGAGGAGUCAGGAGUUUCCAAAGAGUCUGGAGGGGAUAAAGGCGUAGCUGGGCUGUUCACAAACCAGCGUGUUUGCCUGCCAAGCACUGACAGAGGAUACACACACACAGUUCUAACUGAAACUCUCUUUUUAAGUAGAUGCCAAGGUAAUAAACUUUGCCAGCCAAUUUUCAGUAUUUCUUAAUUUGUAAAAUAGCAGAAGAUAUAAUCUAUACUCAGAAUAUCACUCAUACUAAGGAAGGUCUGUUUUGGAAAGUUUGAGAGAACGAGCUAUUUUUAAAAGCCCACUUUAUUUGACUGUCCUGUUUCGAAUUUGUAUUCCCACCUUUUCUCUGGAUCUCCCAUCUGGUAUCCUGAGGGCACUUCCCAGAUCACUUCCCAGGCAGCCAUGGAAGCUGUGGUCCUUUCCCCUUUUCCCUUUCCCCUUUUCCCUUUCCC